AUGUUAAAUGCUUCAUCACGUGUUACACAGGAUGAACGAGAUAGGCAAAAAUAUGAAAAAGCACGAAAACUUCAUCGAUUUAUUGAUAAAAUACGAGAAAAUUAUCAAACGGAUUGGAAAAAUAAAGAAAUGCGUAUCCAUCAACGUGUUGUUGCAUUGUAUUUUAUUUGUAAACUUCCACGUCAUGUGGGUAAGGAAAAAUAUGAAGAUGAAACCGAUACAGUUGAUUGUUGUUCAUUACGUGUUGAACAUAUUAAAUUAUUUGAAAAAAUUAAUACUAUUGGAGAGAAUGUCGUUGAAUUCGAUUUUCUUGGCAAAGAUAGUAUCAGGCGUAAAAAAUGGGAUGUACCAAUUGAAGAAAUUUAUUCAAAAACUCAACAUGAUAAACUUCUUUGGGCUGUUGAUAUGGCAACAGCUGAUUAUCAUUUUUAUAAUUACGAAGGUGAAAUUGUUUUACACAAUGUUGAUGAUGAAGGACAACAACGAGAUUCAGAUGAUGAAUGA